AUGACAAAGAAGAACCGCUCUCAGACUCAAUUCUCAAAACGUGAAGACGAUGAUAUUUCGAAAAUUGUUAAAGACCUUGAGAAUGAACAAAAGAAAAAGGAAGAAAAGAAACAAAAGGAGCUCGAAAAGAAAUCAAAGAAACAACAAAAGGAUGGUGGUUCCAAAGAUGGUGACCAAAAGAAGAAAGUUGAUGAACCUGUUGCUACCACUACUACAACUCCAAUUAUUCAAACAUCAUCAUCAACAACAACACCAACAACACCUUCUUCUCCCAGCACACCAACCAUGACCAAGACUGAAAAGAAGAAAUUGAAGAAAGCACUCAAAAUUCAAGAGGCUUCCGAACAACAAAAAUCUCAAACAGAGGAGCCAUCUAAAGUAGCAGAAACUAAGUCAUCUGUGGUCCAAGAAAAGAAGAUUGAAGCAACAUCAGUCGUCGUUGAACAACCAAAGGUUGAAGAAAAAGUCGAAACACCAGUUGUGGUAGAAGAAAAAAAGGAAACCACACCUGUGGAAGCUAAUGUCGAAACACAAAAGACACUGACUGAGGAAAAGAAACCUGAGCCAACAAUUGUUGAAGAAACUAAAUCAUCAGUAGUGGAACAAUCGGAGACAAAGAAGGAAGAGGCUAAACCUGCUGCUGUUGAAGAAAAGAAAGAAGUCGAAGUAGUUGCAGAAGAGAAAGUUGAAGAACAGAAAGUUGAAACUAAGGUUGAAGAAACAACACCUUCAGAACAACCAAAGAUUGAGGAACAUAAGGAAGAAACAAAGCCAAUUGAACAGCCAAAGGUAGAAGAAACAAAGCUAACAACACCUGUAGAACAACCAAAGAUGGAAGAGGUUAAACCAGUUGAAGUUGCACAACAAAAGGUUGAAGAAAAGAAGGAAGAAUUAGUUAAACCAGUAGAAAUUUCAAAGAUCCAAGAGACUAAACCAGUUGUUGUUGUUGAGGAGAAGAAGGUGGAGCCAGUGGUUGAAGAAAAGAAGCCUGUUGAACAACCAAAAGUUGAAGAAAAGAAGGAAGAAUUGGUUAAACCAGUAGAAAUUUCAAAGAUCCAAGAGACUAAACCUGUUGCUGUUGAAGAAAAGGUAGAAGAAACAAAGCCAACAACACCUGUAGAACAACCAAAGAUGGAAGAGGUUAAACCAGUUGAAGUUGCACAACCAAAGGAUGAGGAAAAGAAGCCUGAACCUUCAAAACCAGUCGAACAACCAAAACCUAAGGUUGAAGAAAAGAAGGAAGAAUUAGGAUCACAAAGCUCACUCUCCCCAAGGUCCUCUCCAAGAUCAAUGUCAACAUCUCCAAGAAUGCUAUCUGCAUCAGCCAAAAACUUCUUCCAAGGUCUAACUAAAAACUCAACGGGAGAUCUCACCUUUGAUGAAGAAAUUAGUCAAGCAUAUACCAUGUUGAGAGAUGACAAUUCUGAUGUUAGUUAUGCAAUGCUCGCCUAUGAUGAAAAAGAUGUGAAAAAAAUCAAGUUGUACAAGAAGGGUUCCUCAUUUGACGAGUUAUGCAAUGAACUCACGGACGACAAAGCUUUCCACAUUUUAUUACGUGUGGUUGCUGUGGAAUUAGGUGAUGUUAAGAGAAGCAAAUAUAUUGCUGUUACUUUCAUUGGAGAUAAUGUUAAGGCAAUUAGACGUGGUAAAAUCACCUCUAAUAUCAACAAUGUUGCAGAUCACUUUGGUUUGAACUCUUUACACUUAAAGGACAAGAGUAAGAUUAAGGAUGAAAUUAUUCAUCACUUGAACAUUUCCUCUGGUAUGAACAUUCCAGAGAAAUAUAUUUUCUAG